AUGGUAGACUCCAUGCUUCGGGAUUCUCCACUACCUGACACCGAAAGGAGCGAAGAGAGGCUCUCGGAUGGUAGUGGAAGCGACAAGCUUCCGGAAGAGGAAAAGGGCGAAAAGCUUCCUGAGGGAGAUGGCGAGAAGCUACCUAAAGAAGCCCCUACAGGGAAUACUAUAGCGAGGGUCGAGGAUGCGCCGCAAAAGGCAAUUUCUGAUGUGCGGGCGAGUACUUCCCAAGUCUCAUCGGUAAGUGUCUUGCCGCAGGAGAAGUUGAAACUUGCGUACAAGCUGAUGGGGGAGGUACUGGGGCAAGAGGGUAACCAGGCCCAGGACAAUACAGAGCUAAAGGCUCUGAAAGAGCGAGUAAAAACGCUCUCGUCUGAGAAGGCUGCCCCUCAAGAGAAGCUAAAGAAGCUCUCCAAAGCCAAGAAAGAUGAGAUUGAAAAGCUGAAGAAGAUCAAGGAGGACACUGACCGGGAAGCGGUGACAACUCUGAAGUAG